AUUUGAGCGCGGACACUUGGAGGCGCCCACAAGCUGUCCUGUGGUAAUUGAUGGACCGAUCUGAAGAAGAUGGACUUUUGAUAAAGCCACUUCCCAUACACUGAUUAGUCUGAUGAGGUUGUUUGUUUUCUAACUUACUUUUAUGUCUGAUCCCAACCUACGGUUACGGACUCCUUGCAAUUUGAAGGUCUGUUACAUUUAAGAAAGGGGGCCGGCACUUUUUGCUAAACAUGCAAUGGAUGUGCACAUGGCGGAACAUUAGUAGACCAGCUCUGUCUUUGAAUUGAUGCUCUAAUUAAUUAAGACAUUAAACCCACCUCAGCUUUUUUAACAGGGACAAUGGCAGCGGUAACGAGUCCGGAAACGACACCUCAACCCCGGGUCUAUUUUCAAACACCGCCCGGUACCGAAGAAGAAGUGCCACAGAAGCAAGGGCGCGUGACUGUCAAAUAUGACAGAAAAGAAUUAAGGAGGCGGCUGAAUUUGGAAGAGUGGAUAGUUAGCCAGUUAAUGAAUCUAUACGACUGCGAGGAGGAUGAAGUUCCUGAGCUGGAAAUAGAUGUGGAUGAGCUGUUGGAUCUUUCCAGCGAUGUCGAGAGAGCCAUUCGAGUGAAGAUGCUGCUGGUUGACUGUUACAAACCUAAUGAUGAUUUUGUGGCGGCACUGCUGGAGAAGGUUCGAGGUAUGCAGAAACUCAACACUCCCCAGAAGAAGGGUGAGCUGACGCCAUGAGGUCAAACCAUCUCGCCCCACCAUUAAACAAACCUGUCACUCCAAACUCAGAGGAGAGAUGCAGGCAUACAGACCCAACCACAAUACCACAGUGUCUGUCAAACAGAGAUAAAUGAUAGGAGCCCAGCCAAGCCAAUCUCAGCUGCAGGUUGACCAACCCAACUGUUUUCAUUUGUUUUAGUACUGUUUCAGCAUAUAUUACGUGUAGAGAGUGUGUGCUAGUGUCCCUUUAGCUUAAACUUCUUGUGGUGAUUUAGAGAAACGAAUCAAAUGUUGUGGAAUGGUUGAUGUUACAGUUCACUAAUACACUUUUCUCUGAGCCACAUGGCUUGAUGUAUUUGUAGUUGAGUAGAAAUUUAGAACAAAGCUGAAUUUCCCCCACUUUUUUCAGUCUUGCUGCUGUUUUUCAUGAGCAAAACUGAAAAUGAAGGCGUAUGUUUUAGAUAGGGUCUCAGAUAUUAGGAUGUGUUGCCAAAUUAGGAUGGGUGGGGGGAUGGGGAUGGGGGUUGGACUUGUUUUGUAAGCCAUUUUUAAUCUUCCAUUUUUUAGGAAAACAGGUCUGUGCUUGGUACUAUUGCUUUUAAGAAUCAUUUGACCAAGCAAGUUAACAGAAUUAAUUAGUUCAAUGGAGUGAAUUCGUCAGUUUGUUAUAUAAAUUUUUUUACUAAUAUUUACGAGAAAACAAAAAAAUGAAAAGUACACUGAAUACUGAUGAAGGCUAUGAAGAUACUAGAAGUGCUUGGGUUAUAUAGGCCAAGGUCCGUGCAAAAUCAAGUUCAAAGCCUGAAUCUCUUUUGUAAAUAAAAAGUUUAUUCAACUUCAAGUGAACAAGAAAUGAGUUAUGCAUCUCUUACUGAUCAGAACUUGUUGGAAUGAUAUAAACUGUACUGUGCACUCUCACAACCAAAUAUGUGUAGUAAGACUCUCAAUUAAAGAAUGGUGCUACAUACA